GUAGAUCAGAAUAGUGGAAAGAAAAAAAGGAGCUGAACUUCGGAAUUCGAAUGAGCGAAGAAGUUGAAAAGAAAUGUUAUAAAAAAUACAUGAAAGACCUGUAAGAAUCAUAUUGUCAUGUCACAGUGAGCAGUAACGUUUUGGAAAGCUGCUAAUCCUUCGAGCAGAGUUCCUUUCCAUCUGAGCUGGUAUCAAGAUGGAUCAAAAUCCAACCAUUGUGACAUCACAAAGAAAACUAUAAGAAACAUACCUCUCAAAUGCUUCAGUACUGCCUCCCACCUUGCAUCAAGUUACAUCUGUGUUUUAUCUGGCAUAGCCAAAGCGAAACGAGGAGGACAUUAUGCCCUACAAGUCAUAUAAUCGCCCAUUGACUGGGAUACCUCCUGGCUAUAGGAGGUAUGCUGAGCCACACACCAAGUCUCUGUGUUGUUUUUGAUUAUGGUGUGUGUGGUUGCCCUAAUAUCUUUGCGGCUAUUCUCCUGUAUGGAAUGCUAGCCACUAUCUUUAUGGUCGCCUUUAUCUGCUUUACUGCUUCACCGGGACACCAAUACGAGCGAGAUAAGGACCCUUUCAACUCCAAGACCUACUACCGGAGGAAGACAAAGGAAGACAUUGGAUUGUAUGAACCCAAGCAGAAGGAGGAACAUCUUGAGGAACUAAAGCGAAGAUUGGCUGAUCUUAGAGAUGACUACAGAGAUAUCAAAGAUCUCAAGAAGAAAUAUUAUUCUCGCUGCAAGACCUGCUCUCUUGUGACCAGCUCUGGACGUCUGCUCUUCCACCAGGCGGGGGAAGAGAUCGACUCUGCAGAAUGCGUCAUUCGGAUGAACAACGCCCCCGUUAUUGGGUAUGAAGAAUACGUGGGCAAGAGGACCACCACCAGGAUUGUGUGCUUCCGAUCAGUUGCCAAUUUGAGGAAGAGCAUGCUAGCUGGGAAAGGGCAUACGGAUGAGGUUGUUGUAUGGGGAGCUGAGAACCCGAGCCAUGGUAGAUGGGCCAUGUCUAAACUCAAGAUGCUUAUGAGACAGUACUUACAAACAAAAUGGUUCUCACUCAAGGAUGUAGGUGAAGAGAAAGUCAAUGUGAUCUUUGAAUCAGAAACAGGAAUAUCAAGGGCGAAGUCACAUACAUGGCUGUCUACAGGUCUCUUUACAAUGCUCUUCGCCUUACAAGCAUGUGAUAAUGUUACAGUCUAUGGAAUGGUGGAUGAAAACUAUUGCAAGGCUAAUGCAGACACAGAGGCACCAUACCACUAUUGGGAAAACCUUCCUUGGAAUGAAUGUGAGUUUCUCAACAUGCAUGAAAAAGAGAAGAAACAAGGCCAUCGUUAUCUGACAGAGAAAGCCCUCUAUCGUCGCUUUGCCUCCAUGUUCAACCUGAAGUUCAGAUAUCCAGAAUGGAACCUGACCAACGGAUCUCAAGUCGACAUCAAUAGUCCCUUCAGAGAGAAAUACAUGAAGGAACAUCCCCAGAGGUGACACCUUUGAGAUCAGGUGCUGUGUUUAGAAAGGAUGCUAUGAGUGGGUGAUCAGUUCAAACUAUGGUGUCAAUAUGGUGUAGGUGCCUGUAUUGCUUGUUACUGGUGCCAGUCUCAGCUACUUUAAAACCAACACUUUUAGCAACAUGAACUUUUGACAAAUUGUAGUAUGAAAAUGUUCCCUUUACCCAUCCACCCAUGCGCCCUCACACAAACCCCCAAAUGUAAGAGUUGAAAGACCUUCCUUGUGUUGUCAUUGUGAACACACUGUGUGCACUCUAUAUGACACAACAUGGAAUUUGGGAGUCACUGGUAGAAUCACAUUGUAACCACACCAGAGAAUUUGGAACACUCAUAUUCUUGUCAAUGUGAAUGCACUGUCUACACACUAUGUAACACUGUGGCACUCCAUAGCUACAGAUAGAAUUACAUUGUAACCACAUGAGAAAAUUUGGAACACUUUCAUAUUCUUGUCAAUGUGAAUGCACUGUUUCCACAGUAUGUAACACUGUGGCACUCCAUAGCCACAGAUAGAAUUACAUUGUAACCACAUGAGAGAAUGUGGAACACUCAUAUUCUUGUCAAUGUGAAUACACUGUGUCCACACUAUGUAACACUGAGGCACUCCAUAGCCACAGAUAGAAUCACACUAACCACAUAAGAGAAUUUGGAACACUUAUAUUCUUGUCAAUGCGAAUGCACUGUCUACACACUAUGUAACACUGUGGCACUCAGGAGCCACAUAUAGAACCACAUAAGAGACUGUGUAACACUCAUAUUCUUGUCAAUGUGAAUGCACAUUGCUACACACUAUGUAACACUGUGGCACUCCAUAGCCACAGAUAGAAUCACACUGUAACCACAUAAGAUAAUGUGGAACACUCAUGUACUUGUCAAUGUGAAUGCACUGUUUCCACACUAUGUAACACUGAGACGCUCAGGAGCCACAUAUAGAAUCACAUUGUGAUCACAUACAAGAAUUUGGAACACUAGCUUUCAUAUUAUUGUCAAUGUGGACACACUGUUAUUAAAAGAUUUAGAACGCAUGAUGGUGUGUUCUUUCCUUAGGGGUUGAUAUUUAGGGCUUACAUAGGAUGUUAUGCUCUGGGUUGGAUGUGGAUUUAAUACCACACUUUCAUAAACUCUUAGAUUAUCUAGUUCUGGUACUUAUUCAACUCGCACAGUCUUCUCCACCAUCUGUGGGUGAUAUGCUGUUUUAUGAUAGUUCAUUCAAAUUCAAGAUGGGACUAAAUAUGGUUCUUGGGGCUAAUGAUGAACCUUAAAUGUAUUAAACUAGAAGUUACUAGUUUUAUUCAAGCAGAUCACUCACUCUCUAUAUAAAGCAUCUAUAAGUGUGUUCUUCUUUAGAGAUAAGUGCCUAUCACCAAGAAUAGAGUUUAAACAAUAUUUUAAAAUUGAAUAAAUAUAUUGAUUAUAUUUUAAUGAAAUAGAUAAAGCUAAAUUCCACUUGAUAGUCUAUUUACACGUGGAUGUAUUUUGAUGUAUUUCAUGAAGGCUUUAUUUGCACUAUGCCUUGAGUGUGUUUAUUUGAGAUGAGAUAUGUGAAGAGAGAUAAAUGAUGAUGAGAUCUAUGAAAUAUGAACACAUGGGAAUCAUGCCCUUUAAGUCCAACCAACAGUUCCAUGUAGAACAGUUCUAGUAUGAAAUCAUUGGACUAUAAUUAUGUUGAUUUCUUUUUUUGAAUAUUUUUUGUUAAUUAUUAGACAUUAGACACCUGGCUAGUACUAGACAAUUAGUUCUGAAUUUGAUGUAUUUAUGAUAAUUAAGUGUAUAUCUAUCUAGCUAUCUACAUAUCUGUCUAUCUUUCUAUCUAUCUAUAUUAGUAUAUGCAGGCAUGUGGGUGUAGUCCCAUACACCCAUGAUUCCAUUUGUUAUCAUGAUCUGAGCUGUACUCUUACUAAAGUCUCUCAUUCGCAUUCUCCAUAACACAGAUAGUGUUGCCUUUCCUUCAUUCUAUUUUUAUCAUAGUAAGUUGAUGAUUUUAAGUAUUAUUUCCUUAUCUAUUCAUGUGAACAAAUGAUUACUACCGGUAGUUGCUUUUCAUAUACUGCUUUUUACUUUGGUUGUAUUUAUACUGUAGAGCAGGCCAUGCGUUUGACUACAGAUGUUUGAAGAUGUAAUUGUGUUGAUGUGAAUGCUACAUACAUUAUUUUCAGUUGAAUCUUUUUAAUCAGUGACCAAUAUUUUACAACUAGAUUAUGUGCCAUUUUUAAUUCCAUGUUGAUUUUCUUGCCUGAAUCAUGCCAAAUAUGAACCAAAUAAUGAUCUGAAGUAAGAGGAGUAUUGAUAUGUGCAAUGUAUUUUUAAGAAGCCUUUUAGUGAUUUGUUAUAUAAACCUAGAAUUAUCAAAGUGAUUUGUUUUUAAUUUGUAACAAGUGUAAAAAAUAGAAUUGUACAAAAUUACUUUUACGCAAUUCAUGUUUUUAAUUAUUUAUUUUGAAUGGGUAUGGAGCAUUUUAAAGCGGUUUUGUUGGUCUUAAAAUAUAAACUCCAAACUGUUUAAAAAUUGAUGUACAACAUAUGGUUGUACAUCACUAAUUUGUGUGUUAUAAUAUAGAGCACACUUAGCAGCAGAGCACUUAAAACACCCCUGCAGUAAACUGUCAUAGUUUAGUAAGGUAUGUAUAAACAUACCUUAACAAAGAGAGGUAUAUACCAAUUACUUUUGAUUUGAUUUGCUUUGCUUCAUGCUGAUUAAAAUAAUUCUGUGCAACAUAUUUGUACAUUUGAAAUUGUAUCCAUUGUCUCCAAACUUUCUCUUAUAAAAUAUUUAUAAAGGUUUAGAAUUACUGUAAUUUACGUCUUAUUCAUGUAGAAUGGUCUCGCCUGUUUUAAUCCAAAAUUUCAUUCAAUUAUUCUCCAAAGUGAGUGAGCUUGCCGAUAUAGUAUCUUCCAUUAUUGUUCUGGUGUAAAGGUGUUAGUAGAAAUUAGACGAGAGUCAUUGAAUGGAAAGAGUAUCAUUUAUGUAUUUGAGUUGAAAUAAGAAUGACUAUUAGUUGAAAGAGUUUAUCAUUAAAUUUCCUUCAAUGUCUAUAUAUGACAGGGAAUGUUGUACUUUGAUGGUGCAUGAAUGUUUGUUAAUUGGUGCCAUUUCGUCAACUAUAUUUUUGUUUAAUUAUAUAAUGUAUAUUGUUUUUUGUGCAGCCAUUAAAUUAAAGAAAAAAAAUUCCAACAUGCACUUAUGUAAAUAUGCAAUUGAUUCUAUUUAUAUUGCACAAUCAGCAGAUGAAAUGUUUUCAUGUAUCUGUAUAUUUUUGUAUAGAUCACAACAUAAAUAUAGCUAUGGAGAUAUUUUUGAGACACCAUGUGUAUGAAAAUCAUUCCAUUUUUUAGUCUUUUAUCCACUCAUUGUAGGUGUGUGUUGUAUUGUCUUUUUACAUAGAGAUUUUUAAGUGUAAAGCAAUGUUAAAGUGCCAUCGUUUCUUGAAUAGAGAAAUAUCAAAUGGUUUUAAAGAUAUAAUAGUGCAUUUAUAUAAUCCCAUGAUCCAAAUAUUAAACCCCCCCCCCCCCCAAAAAAAAAAGUAUGUCUUCAAAUGAAUUUUUGGUGAUUAAGGUAUUUGUCAAUUUCAGUUUCAUAAAAAGCCAGUUGUUAAGUUUAGAUUACCGGUAUCCAUUUUACUUAAAAUGUAUUCAAUGAUUUGCCAAUAUGUGUUUACAUCUCUCAAUCACUUGUGAAUAUUUUUCUAGAAUGCUUGUGUGUUAUGUAAUGAUUUUAAAGCAUAGAGAAUUUAUUAUUAUGCGCUAUAUAAAAAUGACUUUAUUAUUAUUAUUAUUAUUAUUAUUUUAGGCUUAUAUAAUUGAGCCCUUCAUUUUAAAUUUCCCAAUUACUUGGUACGUAUGGAGUGCUGUCAAACUACAUGUACUUGUGUCUCUUUUACUUUCCUUUAUGGAUACAAGUUUCAUUCAAAUGUCUUUUUAAUAGAUAAAACAUGAUAUGCCGCUUUUGCUGUUUUUAGCACCAUUCUGCAAUGUUUGUCAAAAAUGCAGAAACUGGAACUAUAUAGAACAUUCCAAAUAUGGUAAAAGAAAAUAUAAUUCCCUUUCAAUAAUAUGUAAACUUACAACAUGGUCCAAUUUGAGCAAGAACUAGAUGAUGUGGAUCAUGAAUUUGUUGAAUUCAGUUGGUAACUUUAUGUUUAAACAAAGGAGAGAACAUGAAAGAAGUAUAUCUGUAAAGCAUAUAAUUAAUCAUUUCUUUUACUGGUAUCAUAUUCUAUGGAAAAUUAUGUAUUCAAGAUGAUAUAUUGGUAUCAGAUUUCCCCUCGUACAGUAUAGAAAGAUCUAUAUCCAGUACCCAAAAUGAAUAUUAUAUUGUCACCAAAUAUUUAUUAGGGAAAAGUUCAUUAUUCAACUGCUAUCAGUUUUGUCUGUUAGUAACUAGAAGGGAGGGAAUUCAUCAUUAAAAUAGAGUUAAUUACUCCUUUCUGGCUGUGCACUGUCAGAUGAUAUGAAAUCUUAUUGAAAUGUACAAUGGAUGCACAUGCAGAAGAUAAAAAUGUGAUUUUGCACAAUGA